UUUUCUUUCCAGCAGGGUGGAUGGGGAGCGUCACUGGCUGACAAGCUGGUCAGGUGAGAAUAGUUUCUAGAUUGAUACUCGAGUAUUCAUUGAUGGAAAGCUGUAACUGCAUCCCAGAAGAGAGAGUGAAUGAUAGAGUUUCGAACAGUAAAUCCCUCCUUCAUCUUUGCCGGCCUUUCCUGAAAAUGUGAUGUUCUGAAUCGCGGAUUUUCAGGUUAUAAUACCCGGUGGGCCAAAAUCAUUCUUCCAAGAUUAAUCACGAAAGGCAACAGUCCGGACAGCCCAGCAGCAGUUACGAUCUUCUUUGGUACCAAUGACAGCGCGCUGAAAGACGAGAACCCCAAGCAGCACGUCCCGCUGGCCGAGUACGCGGCGAACCUGCACACCAUGGUGCGACAGCUGUCUGCCGCCGGCGUGCCCGCGAGCCGCGUCGUCCUCGUCACGCCGCCCCCGCUCUGUGAGGCCGCGUGGGAGCAGGAGUGCCUGCUGCAGGGCUGCAAAUUAAAUCGUCUGAACUCGGUUGUUGGCGAAUACGCGGGCGCCUGCGUACAGGUAGCCCAGGACUGCGGGGUCGACGUGCUGGACCUGUGGACCCUGAUGCAGAAGGACACUCAGGACUUCUCAUCCUACCUGUCCGACGGGCUGCACUUGUCGCCAAAGGGAAAUGAGUUUCUGUUCUCUCACCUCUGGCCUCUCCUGGAGAAGAGAGUCUCCUCUUUGCCCUUGCUGCUCCCGUACUGGCGGGACAUAGCGGAAGCCCAGCCGGAACGGAGUCUCCUGGGAGACGGGGACCAUUAGCCGCAGAAAAGCCAGUCUGCCCGGACAGCGCCACAGAGAUCCCAGGAUGGGUGAUCAGACCUUUGCUCGUGACCUUGGAAUAUGGAACCUCUGCCACCAAGAUCAAUAAAAGCCUUAGAAUUUUUAGGGCAGCUCUGCCCCUUGGUGUGCUGUGUUGUGGUGACAGCCGCCUGAGGCGGGCGUCCUCAGUGCCUCAGCUACGGAAGCAACCCUGGGCCGCCUGCUAACCAUACACAUGGAAAAAAAGUAAAGACAAAAUUUGUUUAAAAAGU